GUCAAUUGAAUGUCUGCAGGCAAAGCUGAAACAUAUUGGUUUCAACGGUAGCGGCUGUUAAACGGAAAACAAAACUGAAAAAAAGAAAAAAAAAAUAUACAAAAAAUUCCAACUCGUGGUAGUAUUGUUUGUUUACAGUGUGUAAAAUCAUUUCGUUUUUGAACAGUUUGCUUUAUAGUAAUAACGUUACAACGAUUCCUGUGCGUGUGUGUAUGUAUGUGUGUGGGGGAUUAUCUGCCCCUUUUCAAGUUAUUUUUUCUGCUGGUGAGCGAGCCAGCGAACGUGCAACUAAAAAUUGUUAAAUUGCUUUGAAUACACAAAUACCUAUGUGAAAAAAGGCAAAGAACGCACGAAGAGACCACCAGUCAAACAACAACAGCAACCAAAGUGACAAACAAAAAGUUAUGUGGCAUAAAUAAAAAAGUUAGUGGCAACAGCUUGUUGCGUAAAUCACCGAAUGUGAGAAAAAGAAGAUACAAAAAAUAUGAAAUUAAUAUGUGUGUGCCUAUGAAAAAAUAAGCGAAGAGAACAAUUUAAGCCAAAACAAAAGAAGCGUUUAUUAGGCAACUUCUCUUGCCAUUUCGCUCUCGUGGCGGAACAAGCCCAACGCACAACACUUGAAAAGAGCUGCAGAAUAAAUCAAAUCACAAAUAAACAGCAAGCAUUGCAUGUCAGCCAACUUUAGUAAGGAAAUCCUUUGUCUUGUAAUAAAACAACUUUGAUUCGUAAAGUUGGUAGUGCGUCAUCUUCCAGUUUUCUACUUGUCCCUCUCUCUUUCACCGACCGUUAGUGUCCUGUCCCAGAAAGUCAUUUUGGCGUCUUUUGUCCGUGGGUUGUUGGCCUGUUAACCCAAACUGAAAGCAAUCCGCUUAAAUUGCCUUUCACUUCGUUUUGUCCCCUGUCUGCCUGCCCCUGUUGUAGCAGCAAACGAGUGCCCUCCAAUCACCCACUUUAGUUUUAUUUCACUUCGGCUGCCUCCCCCAUUGCUUUCGCAUACAUUCGCCUUCUCUAAGGAACUCAAUUACAUUCGUGUUUAUUGCUUAAGUGUUUGUGUGUGUGUGUGUGUGGUUGCACUAUAACAGUUUAUGCACUGUGGCGUCGCAUCUUUCAAAUCGCCGACAUCGGUCAUGGUGCGUUUGACACGUAAGGAACGGCAGGACAAAAUCACUUUAUUGUCCAGCAUCAAUAGAGUCAAUAUAAGUGAUGAAGUGGAGGCCACCGACAAUGAUGCUUACAACCAUUGUGUCGAUGGAAAACAGCCAACAUUGCAACGUUCUUCAACAAAUGAGAUAUUUCUCAAAGGUCUCUUACUAAGCAAUCCAUCAACGCCGAAUAAGGAACUAUUGCUGAAUUCGACUGAACCGCAACCAGUUCCUGCAUUUCUGCCAGCUCAUUUGAAUAAUAAACCCAUCUGUGACGAUAUCAUACGGAAGUUUUCACCAUCCCGACGCUUGGAAUCAAGAGAGUUAGCAAAACUUUUGGCACAACCACAUUUUCGGGCUCUCAUACGUGCCCACGAUGAAAUAGGUUAUCUCUACGAAGCCCGAUUAAAAGCUGCCGGUGGUUCUCUUACAAAACUUGAAGCUAUCUCACAACGCAAAUCUGGUGGCUAUCUAUUUCCCCCAGACCUUUUUGCAACCAAAAUGCCUAUCGAAACAAUAAAAAUGGUCGGAUUGCGACGCAAUCUAAAUCAGCCUCUGGGUCUGACCGUGGAACUGGAUGAACACAAACAACUGGUGGUGGCACGCAUUCUAGCUGGCGGAGUUAUCGAUAAGCAGGGCCUAUUGCAUCCCGGCGAUGUUAUUUUGGAAGUCAAUGGUACUCCAGUACACAGUCCCGAGGAGUUACAGGUGGAAGUGUCGCGUGCCAAGGAAAAUCUAACCUUGAAAAUCGGUCCAAAUGUUGAGGAGGAAAUACGCUCGGCACGUUUGACAAGGGGUCAGGUAAAACAAAAUGGUGUUGCUAAAAUUGAGCCGGGCAAAAAAUUAACGUGUUACAUGCGUGCCUUAUUUAGUUAUCAUCCCUCGGAUGAUUCUUUGCUGCCUUGUAAGGACAUUGGACUGCCCUUCAAAUCGGGAGAUAUUUUACAGAUCAUUAAUGUCAAAGAUCCCAAUUGGUGGCAAGCUAAAAAUAUAACUGCUCAAAGUGAUCAAAUCGGUUUGAUACCCUCUCAGGAAUUGGAAGAAAGGCGCAAGGCUUUUGUAGCUCCCGAAGCUGAUUAUGUGCAUAAAAUAGGCAUUUGUGGCACAAGGAUCUCAAAACGUAAACGUAAGACUAUGUAUCGUUCUGUGGCAAACUGCGAAUUCGACAAAGCCGAAUUGAUGUUGUAUGAAGAAGUCACACGCAUGCCUCCAUUCCGCAGAAAAACUUUAGUACUAAUUGGUGUUUCCGGUGUUGGUAGAAGGACAUUGAAGAAUCGCUUGGUCAAUAGUGACCCAGAACGUUUUGGUUAUGUUAUACCUCACACCACUCGCCCCAAAAGAGCAUUGGAGGAGAACGGCGUCAGUUAUUGGUUUGUAGAUCGCGAAUGGAUGGAUCAGGAAAUUAAGGAAAAUAAUUUCUUGGAAUAUGGUGAACACAACGGAAAUCUAUAUGGCACCCAUAUACAAACCAUAAAGGAUGUCAUAAGUAGUGGUAAAAUGUGUGUUUUGGAUUGUGCUCCAAAUGCUUUGAAAAUUUUACACAAUAGUCAAGAUUUAAUGCCAUUUGUUAUAUUCAUUGGAGCCCCUGGUAUGGAACAAUUAAAAACUAUCUAUGCCGAGCGUCGAGCAACGGGUUCUAAUAAAAAUUUAACCUUCGAUCGUCAGAGUUCUAUACGUUUCAGUUCAAGGCGAGCCCGCACCUUGGAAUCUCUGGCAUCCCUAUAUGAGGAUGACGACUUAAUUUCCACCGUGGAAGAAAGUUCAUUUGUACAACGAAAAUAUGAGAAAUAUUUCGAUAUGGUCAUAAUCAACGAAGAUUUUGAUGAUACAUUCCGUCAGGUAGUGGAAACACUGGACGAGAUGAGUCAUCAAGAGCAAUGGGUGCCAGUUAAUUGGAUUUACUAAAACAAAUCAAUGACUUUAUCAAAAAAAGAAAAAAAUAAUAUUUAUUAGCAAACAAAAGAAAUGAAAGAAAACACAUCAUACACAAAGAAGAAACGAUGACGAAACGAUGAAAAAUUAACGAACAGCUGCUUCCUCGGAAAUGCUCUUAAUAAUGCAAGAAAACGGUUGGUUGGCCCAUGGCCCAUCAACAACGGUUGCAUGUGAUCGACCAAUUCCCUCACUUUCUCCAAUAGCAUAUUGCAUAAUUAAUAAUGGAAUAGAAAAACUAAACAAAGUGUUCUUAUUUGUUAAUUUUAGCUUUUAAUGUUGAAGUUUUGAACCAAAAAGAAAAACACAACCGAA